AUGCCCCGAACCAAACGUCGCAGCCGCAGCAGCUCUCAGGCGCCGGAUAACGUCAAUUUGGCCUCGGGUGGGGCCACCGGGACUAGCAGCGGCACCGGUACCCAAAGCAGAAGAGGCUCGGCACAGCAUGACCCGCCCGUGCCAAUCCUGUCCUCCAAGCGAAAGAGCUCCAGCGCCCAGCGACGCCAACGCCGCAAGUCCGCUGACGCGGCGGAAAAAGCUGCCGAGCCGAAAGUCGACGCAACGUCGACAGCGCCGCGGGCUCCGACUUCCAAAGGGGGCACUGAACAGCCUGCACCGGCCACCGGAGAUCUGCAUAGAGUAAUCACCUCUGGCAUUGGUCAUUAUCUGCAGUCGUUACUGCCCACGAAGGAACCGACAGCGCAGCAGGAAUCGUUGCAGCAACCACCUUCGCAACAACCUUUAAUAUCGCAGCAGGCCCCGCAGCUGAUGGCAGUGCAGCAGCAAGCUCUCACACAGCAGGCAAUCCAAGGAUCUCCAUUUCAGCAGCAAAACUUGCAGCAAUUGCCAUUUAUGCCGCCUAUGCCGCCGGUUAUGUCGCAACCGUCGUACCCGCAGCCGAGCCUUCAACAAGGAGCCAUUCCGUAA